GGAUCCCAUUGACCUAUCCAUCCGUUCAUCGAGCUAUCCAUCCAUCCAUCCUUCCGUCAGCUUGGACAUCCUCAGCUGCACAGCAGUGCUUGGAAGCCAAUACUACAGUACACAUCCAGCGCCAUUCAACACUGAUUUCCCACAUUCAAACAGGGAACAAGGCUACAAGACAGCUAGUCCAAGAAUAAGACAAGGGGAACGAGAUGCCUACAGUCAAAGAAGAGAGUCCUCGGGAAGGAAAUGAUCCAAGGGGGGAUAAUAACCGAAGAAUGUUCUACCGCUCGGCUGCAGCCCGUGAUGUACCAACUUUUCAAACAUCCUGGGUCUCAUCCCCUGACCUCAUUGCGCUUAAACUGCAGUAUCUGCCAGUUUAUAAAGUCUGCUACUUGCAUGACUGCAUCUAAUCGCCACGCUCCUAAAGGCUGCAUUCACCCAGCCAAUCUAGCAAAGCAUCUUCUCACUUUCCAUAACUCUAGGCACAGCCUGGAGGAAAUUCAGCAUCAAAUCGACCGCCUGGCCUUGAACUAUCCUCCACAUGAAGGCCCGCAUCCUCUUGUCCCCUUCUUUCCAGGCGGCAUUCUACCUCCGGCGAUCCCCGGUGUAGCCCGAGAGAUUGGCUUCUACUGUACAAUCUGCAGGAAAGCUCACAAAGGAGACAAGAAGGCUGGAUACGCGAGGCUAAUUACGCAUUUGCAACAAGGAGCACCGUGGCCAGCAAAGCCGCUCUGUCAUCCAGAAGGGUACCAUCCAAGCGCUUUACUACUCUGGGAGGUCUACCUUCUAUUUCCCGGUCGAUCCUUUCUUUUCAGAGGUGGAUCGAGAUCCUGCCCAACAAGCCUACCAGCAGGACGAUAUGCGAAUUCCAAGCACGCAUGAUGCAGCUGUUUGCAAUGCCUUUGAUCCCAGGGACAGGUCUCCGCUCUUGACCAAACUUAAAUGGGAUAUCUUGCUUCAAGGAAUCCCUCCUGAAAACAUCAUCCAUUUGGUUUCGAAUCCUACCAAGGAUGAGCCUUUAUACUACAACAACCUGCUAAAGGUCUGGGUCCAGAGUUUUUUUAUGGACAUCAAUAAUUAUCUGGCCAAGAACCAGGACUCUCCCCUGCUUCAGCAAGUGAUGUACCUGGGGUUUGACCUGGAAGUUGUUUCCGACAAGAGGAUGAGAAAUCUUAACGACAAAACAGUUGAGAAUUACUCCCAAUUGUUUUUCAAGCUGCUUCUCUUCCUAAUACGGUAUCACAUUACAGACACUCAUCCAGACAUCAAACUCGACCUCACGUCUACUCAGCAAGACCAUAUCGACAAAUUAUUGGAUGUUCUGUCAGAGGGCGAUACCUCUUCUUCCUCCAAAGAGGCAGGGCUGCAAGUUAUCCUCGACUUGGGUUACUCGCUAUUGCAGCAGGGAACUACUUCAGUAAAUAACUCCUCCUGGGAUCAAAUCAUCUACAAGUUUUUGGUCUAUACUAGUGUCAGGGAGGGAGGAGUCUUUGAAGAAGCGACAAACAUAGCUCCACGGGUGACACGACUCUUGUGGCUGUUCAGAUCAGUCGUCAUCAAGAAAGUCAUGACCGAAUUGAAGGAUUUCAAAGGCACCCCAGAGGAGAUUCAUGAAGUGAGCAUGUCUUACACCAAAAGUACUCAGCAGAGCACACCGUGGACCCUUCCAGACACUUCUGUCAGUAGGUGACGACAUCUUUGGAGCUGCCUUUUCAGACGAAAACACCUCCUCACUGAUGACGAGAGACUUUGGAAGGCCAUUGCCUCGAAAGUAACGGGCCUCUCCCUCCCCUCAUCUUCCUCUGGUCAUGGAAACCCAGCAACGUCUAUGCAAGGAUAUUCUCAAGAAGAUCUCAGACAUUUCAUCAGACAAGAGGCCACUGAAGUUGUUAGAGACGCUAUACAGUGCUUUGGCACUGAAGUCAAAGGGACAGUAUCGACCUGUGUUGUCGACACAAUGACAACCUUCUUCAGAAACCCAAACAUUUUGCCAGACUUGAUGAGAAACAAUAACAGCAUUCCUCAAGCAGCCCCUCAAUCAGCUGUUCAACGACCGCAGUGAAGGCUGUUCCAUCUCUCCUCCGUCUGUUUCUCAAUGUCUUGCUCGAUACUGUAAUAGGCGUACUCAACUCUCCAAAUCUUGUACUUCACAGACGCGCUCCAUACCGGAUCUAUCAGUUCGCAUGACUUUCAUAAACAACGUCCUAUUAUUCAAGAGAUACCAAAAAAAAUAACACAUCAAGACUUCACGACGACAUAUAACCGCCGGUAUUGAGAAGUACCUAUUCAGUCCCAAAUUUACUGCUCCCUCAUGGCAGGAUGAAAAGAGUUUUAAAGGACGAACAAGGCUCCGGCAAUGACAACAAAUGCUGCAACACCUGAUCCAACAAGCUUACCGCCCAUCACGGGAUAAGCGGCACUGGCCUCGCCCACGGCGCCACUGUUAGCGCCAGAAGUGGCAGCGUUGGUAGCAACCCCGGGGGAUGAAGACGUGGUCUGAUGCAGUAAGAAUUAAAAUGAACCAAUCAGUCGGAGGGAUGGGACGCGGGUGUCAGAUGAACAGAGACUUACGGUGACGGCUUCAGAGGCAGUACCAGAAACGCCGCUGCCAAUAGUGAUACCAGAAGCGGCAGAAGUGAAGCUGAGAAUGUCGGAAACGGCAGAUGUAGCGCUAGCGGCAGCAGAGCCAGAGGCGAUGGGACUAGUAGUGACGGAUACGCCUCUGGCCACAAGUUUUAGUGACCAUCACCGAUCCGAGCGAGUAAAAGGAUAACUUACGCAAGUGUACCAGUCACGCUCGAUCCAGUCUGUCCACAAACAUCUUUCAACUGUUCAACGGCACUGUUCAACAAGCUCUGUUCGGAAGUAGUCAUUGCGAGCUGCUCGCUCGUACAAUCAAGGCAGUCGAUAAACUCGUUAAAGAUGCUCUGCUGGCAGACUUGCCGACAGCCACUGGUGUCACCGCUCGUGCAGUCGCUGUAGAUGGACAUGGCUGAUUGGCAAGUAGAUUGGCAUGCGGCAGGGAUGGUUGAUGAGUCGAGUUGACGAGAGAUGAGGGACAUGUGACGCGGUUCAAUAAUGUCCAUGGCAGCUAACGAGUUAGGCGUCGUUAGGAAUGAAUGGACCAUGGCGCGACGAAAAGCUGCGAUGCGUGACUUACUGACGGAAAUGGCACCAAGGAUGGGGAGGAGAGUGACACUGCGCAUGAUGAUGUGGUUGCUUUUGAAUGUUAUAGAUAAGAUGUAGAUAGCGUCUGAUUUUAACUGCGGAUAACCAAAAGUCUAAACAAGUGAGCGCGAUGAUGCGAAACGGC